GCCAAUAUGGCGGCGUAACAAAUAGUUGUCUUGUCUUUUUGGCAAGCUCGACAAUCAAUUCAAUUGUUCGUUAAUGUGAAUUAAUUAUUGGAUCGGUUACCUAGAAUCCAAAGCACCGCAUCACACUCUCGAUAUAUCACGAAACAACAAACGUCUUCAUUGUGUACGUGGAGCCGUGUUUCGACGCAAAUAUGGGGGGGAAUUGAGAAUUCCAGUGCGUCACAGUUCGCCGAAAAUUUCACUUUCAUUCUUGAGGGAUAAUAUUUUUUUAAUCAACAUAAUACGGUAAUAUGAGUGCUACUCCCUGCUUUUUGACCACGAUUAUUCGUCGGAUGAAGAUUUGGGGAAUAUCUGGGUGAUUAUUUAUCCAUUGCUCGGCGUUUUGGGACGAUUGCACCGAUAAUGUCAAGUGUGCCGAAUAAAAUGCGAGGUCCAGGACGCCCACCAAAGUCCAAAAACGCCUGCACCUGGUGCAACGAGACGAAGCAGCCCCUGAAGUACGUCCUACCCACUCAGCAUGGCAAGAAAGAGUUCUGUUCAGAGACGUGUCUCUCAGAAUUUCGUAAAGCGUACGUUCGUGGGGCUUGUGUCCAGUGUGAUAACGUCAUCAGGGGUUCUCCAGUGAAACUGGAGCAGAAGGAUGGUCCCACCAAGGACUUCUGCUCGUCCUUCUGUCUGAAUAAACACCAGAAGAAGGAGAUCCAGGCAGACACCAAGAAGAACACGAGUGACCAGCCCUCCCCAGCAGCAUCCCCAGCCCCCUCAGGCAUCCCCAGCAGCAGUGGAAUGAUGCCCCAGUCAUUCCCAACGAAUAACAAAUCCAAUGGGACUGGGAAUAGUCAGCCAAAUGCCUCACCCUCGACCUCCAGUGGUCCCUUUCAAUACGAGACUUAUCAAACCUUCGACUGGGAGCUGUACCUCAAGGAGACUGACAGCACAGCAGCACCAGCUGAGUGUUUCAAGCAGCAUGCAACCCCUCCCAGCAAUGAAUUCAAGAUGGGAAUGAAAUUGGAGGCUCUAGACCCUAGAAAUCUGACUUCAACGUGCAUUGCAUCUGUCGUUGGGGUGCUUGGACCUCGUCUCAGACUUCGGUUAGAUGGAUCUGAUAAUAAAAACGACUUCUGGAGGCUUGUGGACAGCAACGAGAUCCAUCCCAUUGGGCACUGUGAGAAAUCAGGGGGCAUGCUGCAGCCACCCCUGGGGUUUCGAAUGAACGCCUCCAUGUGGCCCAUGUUCUUAUUGAAGACGUUGAAUGGCGCUGAGAUGGCACCUGCCAAGGUCUUCAAAAGAGAACCCAAAACCCCUAGGACGAAUUCGUUUGAAGUGGGACAGAAGCUUGAAGCCAUUGACAAGAAGAAUCCACAGCUCAUCUGCACAGCCACCAUCGGAGGCGUCAGAGAUGACAUGAUUCACAUCACUUUUGAUGGCUGGAGAGGGGCCUUUGACUACUGGUGUCGAUACGACUCCAGGGAUAUUUUUCCAGCUGGAUGGUGCUUCAAGAGUGGACAUCCACUUCAACCACCCAGGCAGAAAGCAACUGGUCCCAAUCGAUUCAAAUCGAGGACGAGUAAUGUUUUACCAGUCAUGGCUGUCUCGGGCAGUGGAGCUGGUGGAGAACCAGCUGUUGCUCUUGUCAGCCCAGCAGGAUCCAGUGCACCACCACAGCCUGCUACGGAACCUGAUACAAGUACUGCUAAUAACAAACCACGAACACUUGACAAUGUUACAGUUUAUGUUAAUCACAACUGCUCGUGUGGUCCCUACUUCGACCCUAAGAAGGUGAAGGCCCUCCCAUCGCACUUCGGUCCUGGAUCCAUCCCCAGUGUCAUCAGGGAGGUGUUCCAGGCAUUUCUCAUGGCUGCAAUGAGCCCCAGGCAGAUGCUGAGUCUUUUGAAACGUGGAGAGGGCGAGUGGAUAAGUCUGACGUUGGAGAGUAAACUCACCUCAGUGAGGGUCCCAGUUUUUCUCGAAGAAGAGGACUUUUAUAUUUACGUCAGGCGACAGCUGGAGGACCUCUGUGCAUGCGAGAGGAUGGUUUACAGGAGGCAGGAGACCUGUGACAAGUGUCCCAGUGUGCAGAAUAUCUCGUUGGAUAGGGAGGAUGGGAGCCCUGGGGGCGAGAAGAGAAGGUGGUCCUCUGAGAAUCCUCAGGUGCAGAUGAAUCAGGAGCAGAAGAGUCAAGGACCUCCGGCGACUAACAUUGAGACCAUGAUUGCAGCACCCAGUGCUGCGAAACAACCGAGGAAAUCAGUGCCUGAACUUGAACCUGCAACGUCGACGACUCAACCAGAGGCUGCAUCCAGCAGAAUAACAUCGACAGAACCUGCAGAGUGGACCAUUGAAGAGGUCAUUCAUUACAUUGCCAUCACAGAUCCAGCAUUAGGGGUGCAUGCAGAUCUAUUCAGAAAACAUGAAAUUGAUGGGAAAGCUCUACUCCUCCUCAACUCCGACAUGAUGAUGAAGUAUAUGGGACUGAAGCUCGGACCAGCACUGAAGAUUUGUAACUUAGUAAACCGUAUAAAAGGCAGGAAACACGUCAUGCUAUGACUGCUACAAACGUCCAAAUAAGAUAAAAGAAAGAUUCUAUUCAGGUUUAUUCUCACUACAAUUUUCCUUUCAUCUAUUUUUGAAAGUCUUUUUAGAGGAAAUCCAUGCAUCCCGGGAUAAGUUGUCAAUUCCGAAUUACAGAAUGAAGAAUUUUUUAUAAAUAUUUGUUUAACGUUCUAUCAGCAUUUACGAUGAUAUUCGAUUUUAUUUACGAGAGAGGUUUUUCUUCCUAGGUGAAACGUUAGGAAUCCAUUAUGAUAAAUAUGUACAGUAAAUGUGUAUUGUAAGUAUAAAUCAAUUACCAUAACUAUUUAAUAAUUCAAAACAAUGAAGAUACUAUUGUGGAAAUGGUAGUUGCCCUAGUAUUUCCCCUCCAGAAUUAUUAUUGUUACUGUAAUGGUACGAAAUUGGGGAAUUCAGUGAUGAUUAAUCGGGGUAAUCAGGUUCCAUAUCGCGUAAAAUUUUAUCACACUGUAAAUUUCACGUAAUUCUUGAGGAAUAUUUUGCUAAUCUUAUCGGUCUCUCUGGCACAUUGCUUCUGCAAUUGUGUACAUUCUGUCACAUCCGAUGGCCUAUUUUUUAUUUCUCAUUAUUCGAGAGAGGGGAAUGUCAAUGGAAAGAGAAGAUGUACAUAAUUAAGUGAUAAUACCCAUGUAAUAGGUCAUUAUAAGUAUUAGCAAUAAAUUUAGUUUCAAGGAUGAUAGAAGUACGGUUUUGUGAUAGUUUUACUCAGAGAAUUUAGGAGUUGCAUUAUUUUAUGAAUUUUUAUCGUCUCCUUUUUUUCUGCGGAGAAUUGUCUUCUACAUUUUUUUUUCCUCUUCAAGUCUGGGAUUCAAUUGCGAAAUGAGAAUAAUGUGAUGUAAACCUUUUUGUUGUGACUAGGGAUUUGCACAAGAUUUUUUUGUGGAUUUGUUUUUACCUGUACCAAAGUCAGCCAGUAAUUCAAGCUUUUUCUCUCACUUAAUUCUCGAAGAAAUGUACAUAUAAUUUUUUUCUUUAUACUAUCAGAAUAGUUUUUUGCUUGAAUUUUUUUUAUAGUUUAUACCCCAAAAUUUGUUGAAUUUGUAUCCUUCCUAUUAACAUGGAGUUUGUUUCUUUGUUUGAUAAACAUGUUAAGUCGACUCGAGAAGAAAAUACGAGUGAAGUACAUGCGAAAAAUGUAUGUUAAUAUGUCCCAUGAUUGUGUGGGGGACUAUUGAUCAUGAAAACUGAAAGAUUAAUAUUCAUUGAAGGCGAGAAAACGAAAUAAAACGAAAAAUCCUUGAAAAGUAAUGAUUUUAUUCAUAAUUUUCCAAUGUUAAUUCUGUUUCCAAUCAUAAUUGAGUGCAACAAACAGGUAUAAACACCACAAUUGUGAUAUAAUACGGUGUAGUUGCCGAAAAAAGGUGCUUGACAGGUCCACUCAAUGACGUACAAUGUACAAAUUACGAUAAGAAUUUUCUUAAAAAUUCCUCAUUCAUAUUAUUAACUUGCAUUAUCAAUUAAAUUAUACGUAUAUAAUUAUUUAAAUAUUCCGAUCACAAUGGGAUUUAGUUCAUUCAUAUUUCGGGUAUGAGGGGGCAUAAAGUACCUGCAUCUUCCCCAAAACUUUCGUUAUUUCUCGUUAACGAUGCAGGUACUUUCUGCUUCGUUCUGUUUUCUUUUAAUUAAUGAAAAAUUGAGAAAUAAAAUGAUGUGAGCAUUACAAACGUACUUUAUGUUAUAAACUAGAUUAUUCCAAAUCAAGAAAUUGUGAUGGCUAAGAAGUGAUAAAAAUUGCAUCCUCAUCACAUCCUGCACACAUAUUUUUUUUUUUUUCAUUUCAAUCGUUCAACAAGAAAUAUUAUCCUUAAUUCUACGUGAUUUUAUACUGUAACAUUAUGUUCUUGUUCUGUUCUGUUCUUAUUGCAAAAGGAAACAAAAAAUUAUCUUCAACUGCUGGUGCAGAGUGGAUAUAAACAAGAGUCUCAAUGUUGAAGACACAAUAUAUUCAUAAUAUAAAUACAGCUAGUACUUAAAAAUCA